AUGCAUCCGCUGCUUUCCCUCUGCGUCUUUUGGCUGCUGCCUGUGGCCUUGACGCUGGAAGAAGACUCACCGCUGGACUGCCGCCCCCGCAGAUCUGUGCCUUAUCAUAGUGAGUGUUGUGUAACCUUGGCCCACAUUCUGUCGUCACAUGUUGACUCAUGUGAUUUAAGUUGGGAUUGACAAAUUAAGGAAAAAAUGGUUAAGCAAUUGUGAUUGCUAAGCACUUAAGUUUUGGUCUGUCUGUAGGGGAUAAUGCACUCCUGUUUCGUGAGGAUGGAGUGUUCAACUACUCCACUAUGCUUCUGAGAGAAGAUCUGGACCUGCUGGUGCUGGGUGCCAGGGAGGCAGUGUUCGCUCUUGACCUCAAAGACAUCUCCAAGAAACACGCUUCAGUAAGAGCACCACAGUUAUGAUGCUGUAAAGACAACUAUUUCCUUGGAGUGGAGAGUGACGUAGAACUUAAACAUGUCUUAUCAGAGCUUUCUUAGCCUAGGGCUAAACUUUUUUAAGACCUGGCUUGUGCAUCAUGCCAAGCUCUGCCAUGAUAUACAGCACACAUGCAGCACUUGCUGGAAGCAAAGUGUUGAGUAAGAGCUGCCUUUGUGUCCUGGUUCUGUGCAGGAAAGGUCCUACACUCAUAGUCAUCAAUAAAAAUAACAUGUUUCACCUUCUGUAAUUCAUACCUAAUGUUACUACUUUAGAUUUUUUUAAAGAUUGUCUCUUGAAAAACACUGAAACCAAACAGUGUUGCUGUAAUAUCCAGUGUUCCUCUUUAGUUGCAUUUGCUAGGACAUUUCCCCCUUCUUUUCUGUGCUGUCAGGUCUCAUGCUGAGUCUAAUUUACAGAACACUUCUUGGUUUAAUUCCCUUCUAUUCAUGCACUCAUGUCUUAAGAACUAACAGCCACUAUGCCUCGCUCUCCUGUGAUGUUUGCCAUCUCUUUGUUCUUCAUGCCCGUGCUGAGCUGGGGAAAAAAGCUAAGUGGAUUCGGUUUUGCUGCCUCCUUUGCGUUGAAUACACUCCAGAGCAAUUUAAAACCAUCACAACUUAUCUCACUUGAAGCCUUUGGCUCUAUCGUAAAGGAAAACCUUAAUUGUUGUUUGUUUUUAACUUACUUUGUGUAAUCUGUCUCAAGAGUAUGUAAUAUUUAUUAAGACCUGUGCUGCAGACCUCUUGGAGAGGCCACCCUUGAAAAAGAAAUCUGGAUCCCUGGGGUUUACCUAGUUAAAUAAAUGUUUAAUAAUAAGGGGUUAGAAAAACAAUAAAAAUAAUGAUACAUAAGAUAAAUUUGAAUUAGCAGUGAGUGUGUAGUCUGGGAAUUAAAAGGAAUCAUCUUCUUUUUUCUCCUGCUCACCUGCCAGUCCAACAAGGUGAACAUUAAGUUCAGUUUCAAGAAAAUGGGUCUGUCUGGGUUUACAUUUUCUCCAUCCGUGUUGGGAAUAGUUCCCACAUUUCUGUGUACGUGUCCAAAUUUCCAUUCAUGUUACACAAUCCAUAGAAGGCAGUUUCUGUUCCAGCUUUGAAUCAUAUAGUAUAGGUCGUCCUGUGGUGUACUGAGUCUUAACAUGACCCUCUUAACUAUAGGUGGAGCAGCUUUCGGCCAUUGUAUUUUUCACACUCAAUUUUUCAGGAUUUUUAGGCUGUUCAGGAAGCUUAGGGGCAGAUGUAAGAAACAACACCUGUUUUCAGGCUACAAUUAUCUUUCCUGUGAUGUUCUGCCAUUGGAUGGUUAAUCGAUGGCACCUUAGAAACAUAUGAUUGAUGCCACUCUUUAAUUUUGCAGCAAGGGUUUGAUCGACUCAUCCCUGCCUUACGUUCAUAUCCAGUCUGUUGAAUAUUUUAAAUUGAUCAAGUUUAGAGCUUACAUCUCUCCCUGGGUUUUAUCAUGUUUUUCUUCUGCUUCUAACUUAAUUACAACUGUUUGAUUGGUCAAUCUGUAAAUGUGAUCUUUGGAUUUUGUGGAAUGUUAAGAUUACUGCCAACACUGGAUAUCACACAAUGUCCGAGGUUUUUAUCUUCAUGUUUCCCGUCUCUUACAUAAUAGGCUCUUCAAAAAGCCAUGUGAAUGUUAUACAGAUUUUUGUUCAGACCUGUUUAAGUGCUAUGUGACUGAACAGUUUUCACUCUUCAAGGUUAAAUGGGAAGUGACAGAAGAGCAAGAAGAAGAGUGUAAAAACAAAGGAAAAGAUGCUGAGGUGGGUCCAGUUUAGCAUUUGCUAUUUUAAACUCACCAACAUAGAUCAGGUAGGUUCAUUGCAUUUUAAAUUGCAUUUACAGACAGACUGCAAGAACUACAUCAGGAUCCUGCACAAAACAGAAGACGACAGGAUGUACGUGUGUGGAACGAAUGCCUUUGAUCCUGAGUGUGAUUACAUGGUGAGACUCUGGAAGACACAGUUUCCACUUUCUUAUUCAUUCUCUGUGCUGUUAGGUCUGAUGUUAUCUAGUUGUAAAAGCAUUACAACUCAAAAAUGUAAGGAUGAAUAUGUCAAGAUUUACAGUGUCUUUGUGUGUGUCCAUGCAGUCCUAUGCAGAUGGAAAACUGACUCUUGAGAAGAAAGGAGAGGACGGCAAAGGGAAAUGUCCAUUUGAUCCUUUCCAAAAAUAUGCCUCCAUCAUGUUCGGUAUGUAGCAGUUACACAACAGAGGAAAAAAAUAGAAAUGGUAGGGGCUGCAGAACUUUACAGAUAUAAUGUGUGUUUCUUGUGUUUUGUCAGAAAACGACCUGUACUCAGCCACUUCAAUGAACUUCCUGGGCUCUGAACCCGUCCUGAUGCGCAGCUCUCCGGUCUCUAUACGCACUGAGUUCAAGAGCUCCUGGCUUAACGGUGAGACGUGAUGGGUUAUUCUUCUUUUUAAGAUGUUUUACUAGAGUGUUGCAGAGACUGAUCUGAAGAGAGAUAAACUUUGACCUGGUAAGUUGCUCCUUGUUUGUGAAGAUUCAUGCUUCACCUUUAAUUGCAGAGCCCAACUUCGUCUCCAUGACUCAGAUGCCAGAAAGUCAGUUUAGUGAGGAUGGAGACGACGACAAGGUGUACGUGUUCUUCAGCGAGACAGCUGUGGAGUGCGACUGUUACAACAAACUGGUGGUCUCUCGUGUGGCCCGCGUCUGUAAGGUGAAGGCUGUAAACUGCAUUCUCUGAAUUGUUCUAGCUCCAUCUCCCACAGGAGGAGGAUUAUAUAAAUGUAACUUCCCCACUUGUUCUCAUUCCACCCUUUCCGUUGCCUGAUUGUGCAUCUUAUCUGCCCACAUGUUUUUCCACUUGUAAAUGGUUGUCUUUCUGUGCACACAGGGGGAUCUUGGAGGUCUUCGGACAUUGCAGAAGAAGUGGACAUCCUUCCUGAAAGCCAGGCUGGACUGUCCAGUGCUUGAGUCCCAGCUGCCGUAUAUUAUUCAGGACACAUACCGCUGGUGUGACCCCCAGCAACGCUGGAAGGACUGUGUGUUCUACGCCGUCUUCACACCACAGUCGUACGUUUCAGUUAACAAAUGUGUUUUUAGGAGGGUCCCUUUGCCUUUAAUGGUGUUUGGCACACCACUUGGCUCACAUUUUCUGUGUGUGUCUGUGUUCCAGGGACACGUCAGACCUUUCUGCAGUGUGUGCGUACAGCGUGUCCGACAUUAGCAGAGUGUUUGCUGAGGGGAAGUUCAAGACCCCCGUCCCCGUAGAAACCUCUUUUGUGAAGUGGGUGAUGUACAGCGGAGAUGUCCCCUUCCCUCGUCCUGGAGCUGUGAGUCUGCCCACCAUUCAACGCGUGUGUUAGAAACAAAAACUGAGCUUAAAAGGCAACUUUUUUUUACAACCAGUGGCCCAGCAGGAAGCUGAUUUCUUUUGCAGUGUAACUCUGUUGUUCCCUCUUCUUUUUUUUCCCUCUUCCUUCCCCUCUUUUCCCCUGCCAGUGUAUAGACAAUGCUGCCCGUGAAGAGGGAAUUACUCGCUCUCUGGACCUCCCAGACAGGACCCUUCAAUUUAUCAAAGAUAAACCUCUCAUGGACCAAGCCAUCCAGCCAAUUGGAGCGAAGCCUCUGCUGGUGCGAAGGGGAGCCACAUUCACAAGCAUCAUAGUAAACCAAGUGCAGGCUGCAGAUGGCAACAAAUACCAUGUGAUGUUUGUUGGCACAGGUGUGUGUGUACAGUGUUGAAUGAGUGCAGCAUGCAGCCACUUCCUGUAAACUUUCUCUCCCCUUCCCUUGAUAAUUUAACAAUGCCAGCCUGUAGCAAUGAGCUAAAUUAGUUAGUGUGUCAAUUGAACAUCUGUCUGUGUUCUAUUCUGCUAGAGGACGGCACCCUGGUGAAAGCUGUAAACUAUGAUGAAGAGAUGUUCAUCAUAGAAGAAGUACAACUCUUUGAGACCCCAGAGCCGAUCAAGAUCCUGAAAUUCUCCAACAUCACGGUAUUUUGAAACUCAAAGCCCUGUAAAUGGCUCAUUGCUUGAUUAAUUCAAGUGUAUUUUUGAUGUUGAGUAAACACGUUAGUGUCAUUGUUCUGAGCUUGUGUGUGAUGGAUUUAUUGUGUACAGGGUCAGAUCUAUGCAGGCUCAGACUAUGGAGCAGUACAGAUGCCACUGGCCACCUGUGGGAGAUCCUCUUCCUGUAUGGACUGUGUUUUAACCAGAGACCCGUACUGUGGCUGGGACAAAGUUGACAGAAAAUGUGUUUUUCUCUCUAACUCACAGAGGUAGGCAGCUGUCCCAACGUGCAGAAUAAGCAGUGUUGGUGAUUAUUUCGCCCUAACUAAAUGAAGCUCUAUUUUAUCCUCUUGUUCAGAGAACUGAUCCAAAGUCUAAAAAAUGGCGACGCAUCUCUUUGCCCAGAAGCUGGUAAGUUAGCAGCAGUAGUAGCAAUUUAUUCUCAAAACAAAAAAGUAUUUGUUAAGGAACUCUUUUGUUUCAGAUCCCAUUAAGCCUGUGAACCGGUCCAUCUGGCCAGGAGGGAAUCUGAAGCUUCGAUGCACUGCACCUUCCAACUUGGCAAGAACUGUCUGGGAACGGGACGGUAACCCUCUGACACCUGCAGCUCGCCUACAGUUUCUUGGAGAUGGACUGCUCAUCUUGAAUGCUUCAGACUCGGACGCUGGUCAGUACCGCUGCCUCUCUAUUGAGCACUCCAAAGCUGAUGAGUACUCGACUGCCGUGGCUGAAUAUCAGGUCAGCAUAGGUGCUGUAGGCACAGGGGGCGGGACUCCCACUUUUGAGGCUCAGGUGAACGGACCCUCAGUGGCUGGACUACAGGUUGUAAUUGCACUUCUUGUGGUCGCUCUUCUCGCUCUUUUCGCCUGGAACUUUUACAAAGGCCACAUCCCGCUGCCCUGGAAUUGUGGAAAGAAAACCAGACAGCAAUCUCAAGUGACCAGUGAGCAAGGGGAUCUAUACCAAAAUGCACCGAGGCCUGCACUGGCAGAGGACAAGCCUCUUGUAGUGGGGACAGACAACGGCCGCAGUAAUAACAACCACGCUGGGGAGGCAGCGUCUGGUGCAGCAGAGGAGAACGAGGAUCCAAUGGUUAAUCUUCCAACUCUGAAAUAUAUUGAUGAUGAGUCAGAAAUUUAA